AAUUAAGUUCAUGGUUUUUAACUCGGUUUUCUGAAUUUGGGUUAGAUUGUUUUGUAUUCAUUUAGUUGAGAAAACACUUGUGAAUUGUCUGGAUUUUAAUGGAUGAUACAGUUGAGUUAGGUGAAAAGCGAAUAAGCAAUGAAUCUGGUCAUUUUACUUUGGAUUAAUUGUUGUUUAACAAAUGGGGUUUGUGGGAAAUUUUGAAAUUUAAAUUAAGUGGAACCCAUUCUCUGGAUUUUGGUGGGACCAAGUAGGAUUUACAUUCUCAUGUGUGAGAUGAACAGCGCUGAACUUCUUUUCAAGCAUAUUUGAAUGUGAUAGUGGAUUUGUCGAAAACUGAAAUGGUUCUUCGAUGCUUGUCCCACAAUGUAAAAUUGAGUGUAUGGCUUACUCUAUCUCGUGUUUGCGGAACGGAGAGUGCUAUAAAUGGUGUUUAUGUUCAUGAGUUGGUGACUAAUUUUGUAAGGAAUGUCGCUUAGCAAUUUGGCAUUGAGACUUUAUUUCGUGUUUGCGGAACGGAGAGUGCUAUACAUUUGUUGUUGUUUGUACUGUAGUCUUGUGGUCUAGGAAGUUUCUGCUCUCAGAAAAUCGAAGGGGAUAUCAUGGCACUAGUUUACAAGGCAGCUGUGCCAUUGUCCAUGCAUGCUGAGCCAGUUCGAUGUGAAGCUGUAUACAAGGAGACUUGUAGCAAUGUGUCUUUCCUGUCGAGGGCUACUGUUAAGAAAACUAAUCUUUUGAGCUUAGACGUUAUAAAAAGAGAACGGUCUCGUGGGCUUCACACCAUUGUUGCUGCUAGUCCUCCUACAGAGGAUCCUGUUGUUGCUGCAGAACCACUCACUAAAGAGGAUCUUGUGGGAUAUCUUAUGUCUGGAUGCAAACCUAAAGAGAAUUGGAGAAUAGGCACAGAACAUGAGAAGUUUGGUUUUGAAAUUGAUACUUUACGGCCCAUGAAAUACGAACAGAUAGCUGGGUUGCUUAAUGGUAUUGCAGAGAGAUUUGACUGGGAUAAAGUAAUGGAAGGUGAUUAUAUAAUUGGACUGAAGCAGGGGAAGCAAAGCAUAUCACUGGAACCUGGAGGUCAAUUUGAACUUAGUGGUGCCCCACUUGAAACAUUGCAUCAAACUUGUGCUGAAGUUAAUUCACACCUGUACCAGGUCAAAGCUGUUGCAGAAGAAAUGGGGAUUGGAUUUCUUGGGAUUGGAUUUCAGCCCAAAUGGGGAAUCCAAGACAUCCCUGUAAUGCCCAAGGGAAGAUAUGAGAUUAUGAGGAACUACAUGCCCAAAGUUGGCUCACUUGGACUUGAUAUGAUGUUCAGGACAUGUACUGUCCAGGUGAACUUGGAUUUUAGUUCUGAAGCUGACAUGAUCAGAAAAUUUCGUGCUGGUUUAGCAUUACAACCUAUUGCAACAGCAUUAUUCGCGAACUCACCUUUCAAGGAAGGAAAGCCCAACGGUUAUCUCAGUAUGAGAAGCCAUAUCUGGUCGGACACUGAUAAUAAUCGUGCUGGGAUGCUUCCCUUUGUCUUCGACGACUCUUUCGGGUUUGAGCAAUAUGUGGAUUAUGCCCUUGAUGUUCCCAUGUACUUUGUUUAUCGGAACAACAAGUAUGUUGACUGCAGUGGAUUGUCCUUCCGGGACUUCUUGAAAGGGAAACUUCCAGUUCUCCCAGGUGAGUUGCCGACGCUAAAUGACUGGGAGAAUCAUCUGACAACUAUAUUUCCAGAGGUCAGGCUGAAAAGGUAUCUGGAGAUGAGAGGUGCUGAUGGAGGACCAUGGAGGCGGUUGUGUGCAUUACCUGCAUUUUGGGUGGGUUUAUUAUAUGAUGAGGACUCCUUACAAAGUGUCAUAGACAUGACAUUUGAUUGGACGAAUGAAGAAAGGGAGAUGCUGAGAAAUAAGGUACCAAAAUUUGGUCUCAAGACUCCGUUUCGGGAUGGAUAUGUGAAACAUAUUGCAGAGGAUGUUUUGAAAUUGGCGAAGGAGGGUUUGGAAAAAAGGGGCUACAAGGAGCUUGGAUUCUUAAAUGAAGUAGCUGAAGUGGUCAGAACAGGUGUUACCCCAGCUGAGAGGCUCUUAGAGUUGUACAAUGGGAAGUGGGAACAAAAUGUGGAUCCUGUAUUUGAGGAGCUGCUUUAUUAAGGAUUUUUGCUCGACCUAGCACUAUCUCUGAAGCUGGUAACUUACCUUCUCAAAUUCAACGGACGCUUCUCAUUUCCAGAACUUUACACACUGCUUGCCCGAGUUCUAACUACUGGCUGCACUGUUAUUAAUUAUACCACUACCAUCUUUUAAAGUCGUCUAUGUUGUAAUUCUUUCAAUUUGCUCGUUCAGUUACAACUUUAUCUGUGAUAACCCCUUUGGAACCGGAUGCUAGACAUAGCUGCAGCCUGCAAGAGUCAUUUUUAUCCUUUGCGCCACUGUGGAUAAAAUAAUGCCCACUUUGACUCUGUUCCCAUUUUUAUAUGAAAAAAGUCAACGAAGAAUAAGAAUAAACUUGACGUUUGCUUUA